AUGGGCGGUCCGCUGUCUCCGGUGUCCCUGUCGGCUGUCCUGCUGCUGCUGUCCGGCGGCUCCUGCUCCGGGAAGGACUACGUGCUGACGGAUGUCGGGGGUCUGGGGAGAGUCUUUGACGGGAUUGGUGGUCUGAGCGGCGGAGGGGCCACAUCCCGCUUACUGGUCAACUACGAGGAGCCGUACCGGAGCCAGAUAUUGGACUUCCUGUUCAAGCCCAACUUUGGAGCUUCUCUGCACAUUCUAAAGGUGGAGAUAGGAGGAGACGCUCAGACAACAGGUGAUAUGUUCAUCAUUUCCUCUUUACUUUAUGACCUCAUCGAUGGAACCGAGCCGUCCCACAUGCACUAUGAGAACGAUGAGAACUACUUCCGAGGAUACGAGUGGUGGCUGAUGAAGGAAGCAAAGAAGAGGAACCCCAACAUAACGCUGAUCGGUGAGGAUCUGCUCUGCAGAUGUUACUGUGUCCUAUGUGGUGAACUGGAUUCUGGGAGCCAAGCAGUACCACGACCUGGACAUCCAGUAUGUGGGGGUGUGUACAGAUCCUCGUCUCACUCGAGUCCAUCUGAGGUUCUGAUUCUCAGCAGGUCUGAAACCCACCUGAGAGAAAAUAUCAUCCGACUUCCUGUUGAGACAAAAAGAAACGGCCCUCAAACCUCAGCAGGUUCCGGUUCUAAACCCGGUCCCGGUUCUAAACCCGGUUCCUGUUCUAAACCCGGUCCCGGUUCCUGUUCUAAACCGGGUCCCGGUUCCUGUUAUAUACACUGUUCCUGUUCUAAACCCGGUCCCGGUUCCUGUUCUAAACCCGGUCCCGGUUCCGGUUCUAAACCCGGUCCCGGUUCCUGUUCUAAACCGGGUCCCGGUUCCUGUUAUAUACACGGUUCCUGUUCUAAACCCGGUCCCGGUUCCUGUUCUAAACCGGGUCCCGGUUCCUGUUAUAUACACGGUUCCUGUUCUAAACCCGGUUCCUGUUAUAUACACGGUUCCUGUUCUAAACCUGGUUCCAGUUCUAAACCCAGUCCCGGUUCCUGUUCUAAACCCGGUCCCGGUUCCUGUUCUAAACCCAGUCCCGGUUCCUGUUCUAAACCCGGUCCCGGUUCUAAACCCGGUCCCGGUUCCUGUUCUAAACCCGGUUCCAGUUCUAAACCCGGUCCCAUUUCCUGUUCUAAACCGGAUCCCGGUUCCUGUUUUAUACACGGUUCCUGUUCUAAACCCGGUCCCGGUUCCUGUUCUAAACCGGGUCCCGGUUCCUGUUAUAUACACUGUUCCUGUUCUAAACCCGGUCCCGGUUCCUGUUCUAAACCUGGUCCCGGUUCCUGUUCUAAACCCGGUUCCUGUUCUAAACCAGGUUCCGGUUCUAAACCCGGUCCCGGUUCCUGUUCUAAACCGGUUCCGGUUCUAAACCCGGUCCCAUUUCCUGUUCUAAACCGGGUCCCGGUUCCUGUUGUAUACACGGUUCCUGUUCUAAACCCGGUCCCGGUUCCUGUUCUAAACCGGGUCCCGGUUCCUGUUAUAUACACUGUUCCUGUUCUAAACCCGGUUCCUGUUCUAAACCUGGUCCCGGUUCUAAACCCGGUUCCUGUUCUAAACCCGGUUCCGGUUCUAAACCCGGUCCCAUUUCCUGUUCUAAACCGGGUCCCGGUUCCUGUUCUAAACCCGGUUCCAGUUCUAAACCCAGUCCCGGUUCCUGUUCUAAACCCGGUCCCGGUUCCUGUUCUAAACCGGGUCCUGGUUCCUGUUAUAUACACGGUUCCUGUUCUAAACCCGGUUCCUGUUCUAAACCUGGUCCCAGUUCCUGUUCUAAACCUGGUUCCAGUUCUAAACCGGGUCCUGGUUCCUGUUUUAAACCCGGUCCCGGUUCCUGUUAUAUACACGGUUCCAGUUCUAAACCCGGUUCCUGUUCUAAACCUGGUCCCAGUUCCUGUUCUAAACCUGGUUCCAGUUCUAAACCGAGGCCCAGUUCCUGUUCUAAACCCAGUCCCGGUUCCUGUUCUAAACCCGGUCCCGGUUCCUGUUCUAAACCCAGUCCCGGUUCCUGUUCUAAACCCGGUCCCGGUUCCUGUUCUAAACCGGGUCCUGGUUCCUGUUUUAUACACGGUUCCUGUUCUAAACCCGGUUCCAGUUCUAAACCCAGUCCCAGUUCCUGUUCUAAACCCGGUUCCUGUUCUAAACCCGGUCCCGGUUCCUGUUCUAAACCGGGUCCUGGUUCCUGUUUUAUACACGGUUCCUGUUCUAAACCCGGUUCCAGUUCUAAACCCAGUCCCAGUUCCUGUUCUAAACCCUGUCCCGGUUCCUGUUCUAAACUGGGUCCUGGUUUCUGUUUUAUACACGGUUCCAGUUCUAAACCCAGUCCCGGUUCCUGCUCUAAACACGGUCCCGGUUCCUGUUCUAAACCGGGUCCCAGUUCCUGUUCUAAACCCGGUUCCUGUUCUAAACCUGGUCCCGGUUCCUGUUCUAAACCCGGUUCCUGUUCUAAACCCGGUCCCAGUUCCAGUUCUAAACCCGGUUCCUGUUCUAAACCUGGUCCCGGUUCCUGUUCUAAACCUGGUUCCAGUUCUAAACCCAGUCCCGGUUCCUGUUCUAAUCCCGGUUCUUGUUCUAAACCCGGUUCCUGUUCUAAACCCGGUCCCGGUUCCUGUUCUAAACCCAGUCCCGGUUCCUGUUCUAAACCCGGUCCCAGUUCCUGUUCUAAACCCGGUUCCGGUUCCUGUUCUAAACCGGGUCCUGGUUCCUGUUAUAUACACGGUUCCUGUUCUAAACCCGGUUCCUGUUCUAAACCUGGUCUCAGUUCCUGUUCUAAACCUGGUUCCAGUUCUAAACCGGGUCCUGUUUCCUGUUUUAAACCCGGUCCCGGUUCCUGUUAUAUACACGGUUCCAGUUCUAAACCCGGUUCCUGUUCUAAACCUGGUCCCAGUUCCUGUUCUAAACCUGGUUCCAGUUCUAAACCGAGGCCCAGUUCCUGUUCUAAACCCAGUCCCGGUUCCUGUUCUAAACCCGGUCCUGGUUCCUGUUCUAAACCCAGUCCCGGUUCCUGUUCUAAACCUGGUCCCAGUUCCUGUUCUAAACCGGGUCCUGGUUCCUGUUUUAUACACGGUUCCUGUUCUAAACCCGGUUCCAGUUCUAAACCCAGUCCCAGUUCCUGUUCUAAACCCGGUUCCUGUUCUAAACCCGGUCCCGGUUCCUGUUCUAAACCGGGUCCUGGUUCCUGUUUUAUACACGGUUCCUGUUCUAAACCCGGUUCCAGUUCUAAACCCAGUCCCAGUUCCUGUUCUAAACCCUGUCCCGGUUCCUGUUCUAAACCCGGUCCCGGUUCCUGUUCUAAACUGGGUCCUGGUUUCUGUUUUAUACACGGUUCCAGUUCUAAACCCAGUCCCGGUUCCUGCUCUAAACACGGUCCCGGUUCCUGUUCUAAACCGGGUCCCAGUUCCUGUUCUAAACCCGGUUCCUGUUCUAAACCUGGUCCCGGUUCCUGUUCUAAACCCGGUUCCUGUUCUAAACCCGGUCCCAGUUCCAGUUCUAAACCCGGUUCCUGUUCUAAACCUGGUCCCGGUUCCUGUUCUAAACCUGGUUCCAGUUCUAAACCCAGUCCCGGUUCCUGUUCUAAUCCCGGUUCUUGUUCUAAACCCGGUUCCUGUUCUAAACCCGGUCCCGGUUCCUGUUCUAAACCCAGUCCCGGUUCCUGUUCUAAACCCGGUCCCAGUUCCUGUUCUAAACCGGGUCCUGGUUCCUGUUUUAUACACGGUUCCAGUUCUAAACCCAGUCCCAGUUCCUGCUCUAAACACGGUCCCGGUUCCUGUUCUAAACCGGGUCCCGGUUCCUGUUCUAAACCCGGUUCCUGUUCUAAACCUGGUCCUGGUUCCUGUUUUAAACCCGGUCCCGGUUCCUGUUAUAUACACGGUUCCAGUUCUAAACCCGGUUCCUGUUCUAAACCUGGUCCCAGUUCCUGUUCUAAACCUGGUUCCAGUUCUAAACCCAGUCCCAGUUCCUGUUCUAAACCCAGUCCCGGUUCCUGUUCUAAACCCGGUCCCAGUUCCUGUUCUAAACCAAGUCCCGGUUCCUGUUCUAAACCCGGUCCCGGUUCCUGUUCUAAACCGGGUCCUGGUUCCUGUUUUAUACACGGUUCCUGUUCUAAACCCGGUUCCAGUUCUAAACCCAGUCCCGGUUCCUGUUCUAAACCCGGUCCCGGUUCCUGUUCUAAACCCGGUCCCGGUUCCUGUUCUAAACCGGGUCCUGUUUCCUGUUUUAUACACGGUUCCUGUUCUAAACCCGGUUCCAGUUCUAAACCCAGGCCCAGUUCCUGUUCUAAACACGGUCCCGGUUCCUGUUCUAAACCCGGUCCUGGUUCCUGUUCUAAACUGGGUCCUGGUUUCUGUUUUAUACACGGUUCCAGUUCUAAACCCAGUCCCGGUUCCUGCUCUAAACACGGUCCCGGUUCCUGUUCUAAACCGAGUCCCGGUUCCUGUUCUAAACGCGGUUCCUGUUCUAAACCUGGUCCCGGUUCCUGUUCUAAACCCGGUUCCUGUUCUAAACCUGGUCCCGGUUCCUGUUCUAAACCUGGUUCCAGUUCUAAACCCAGUCCCGGUUCCUGUUCUAAACCCGGUCCCGGUUCUUGUUCUAAACCCGGCUCCUGUUCUAAACCCGGUCCCGGUUCCUGUUCUAAACCCGGUCCCGGUUCCUGUUCUAAACCCGGUCUCAGUUCCUGUUCUAAACCCGGUCCGGGUUCCUGUUUUAAACCCGGUCCCGGUUCCUGUUGUAAACCCGGUCCCGGUUCCUGUUAUAUACACGGUUCCAGUUCUAAACCCGGUCCUCGUUCCUGUUCUAAACCGGGUCCUGGUUCCUGUUUUAUACACGGUUCCAGUUCUAAACUGGGUCCUCGUUCCUGUUCUAAACCGGGUCCUGGUUCCUGUUUUAUACACGGUUCCAGUUCUAAACUGGGUCCUGGUUCCUGUUCUAAACCCGGUCCCGGUUCCUGUUCUAAACCGGGUCCUGGUUCCUGUUCUAAACUGGGUCCUGGUUCCUGUUUUAAACCCGGUCCCGGUUACUGUUAUAUACACGGUUCCAGUUCUAAACCCGGUUCCUGUUCUAAACCCGGUCCCGGUUCCUGUUCUAAACCCGGUCCUGGUUCCUGUUUUAUACACGGUUCCAGUUCUAAACCCAGUUCCUGUUCUAAACCCGGUCCCGGUUCCUGUUCUAAACCGGGUCCUGGUUCCUGUUUUAUACACGGUUCCUGUUCUAAACCCGGUUCCAGUUCUAAACCCAGUCUCGGUUCCAGUUCUAAACCCGGUCCCGGUUCCUGUUCUAAACCCGGUCCUGGUUCCUGUUCUAAACCCGGUCCCGGUUCCUGUUCUAAACCGGGUCCUUGUUCCUCUUUUAUACACGGUUCCAGUUCUAAACCCGGUCCCGGUUCCUGUUCUAAACCCGGUCCCGGUUCCUGUUCUAAACCGGGUCCUGGUUCCUGUUUUAUACACGGUUCCAGUUCUAAACCCGGUCCCGGUUCCUGUUCUAAACCCAGUCCCAGUUCCUGUUCUAAACCCAGUCCCGGUUCCUGUUCUAAAUUGGGUCCCGGUUCCUGUUAUAUACACGGUUCCUGUUCUAAACCGGGUCCUGGUUCCUGUUUUAAACCCGGUCCCGGUUCCUGUUAUAUACACGGUUCCAGUUCUAAACCCGGUUCCUGUUCUAAACCCAGUCCUGGUUCCUGUUCUAAAUUGGGUCCCGGUUCCUGUUAUAUACACGGUUCCUGUUCUAAACCGGGUCCUGGUUCCUGUUUUAAACCCGGUCCCGGUUCCUGUUAUAUACACGGUUCCAGUUCUAAACCCGGUUCCUGUUCUAAACCCGGUCCCGGUUCCUGUUCUAAACCCGGUCCCGGUUCCUGUUAUAUACACGGUUCCUGUUCUAAACCGGGUCCUGGUUCCUGUUUUAAACCCGGUCCCGGUUCCUGUUAUAUACACGGUUCCAGUUCUAAACCCAGUUCCUGUUCUAAACCCAGUCCUGGUUCCUGUUCUAAAUUGGGUCCCGGUUCCUGUUAUAUACACGGUUCCUGUUCUAAACCGGGUCCUGGUUCCUGUUUUAAACCCCGGUCCCGGUUCCUGUUAUAUACACGGUUCCAGUUCUAAACCCGGUUCCUGUUCUAAACCCGGUCCCGGUUCCUGUUCUAAACCCCGGUCCCGGUUCCUGUUCUAAACUGGGUCCGGUUCCUGUUCUAAACCCGGUCCCGGUUCCUGUUCUAAACCCGGUCCCGGUUCCUGUUCUAAACCCGGUCCCGGUUCCUGUUCUAAACUGGGUCCCGGUUCCUGUUCUAAACCCGGUCCCGGUUCCUGUUCUAAACUAUCAAAAUAAAAGUGUUUCCUUUGAAAACUGUUUUAAUGUAAAAUAACGUUUGUCUUCAUUUAUUAGCAGGAAGUGAGUUCCAGACGUGUGACGGAGACCGUGUUCUGAUGGUUGUGUGUGUCUGCUGGAGACAGAACCAGUGACUGGGUCACGGUGAUCUGAGACCUCCUGCUUCUAAAACUAAACCUCUUUUUCCUCUGAUCAGAUUGGAACGAGAGAGCGUUUGAUGCCAAGUACAUCAAGGUGCUGAGGAACGUUCUGGAUAAAGUGGGUCUUACCCACAUCGGCAUCAUUGCGGCAGACGGCGACUGGAGCAUCGCUGACUCUCUGCUCAGCGACUCUCAGCUGAAAGAUGCUGUUCAGGUGAUCGGGUGAGUAAAACCUGAUUGGUCCGGACGAGGACGCUGCAGCUGAACCGAUGUUCUGCUGAAAAUCGGAACCACCGAUCUUUUCCUCCUCUAACCCUUGCUGCUCAGCUCAAUGUUGGUGGCUGUUUUUCUACCUGACUGGUAACCAAACGAUCAUGUGACUGCUCUACCUGACCUCAGCC